AGAUGGGGUUCCUGUGUAACACAAAAUGGCGAGAUACAGCUCAGGUUCGGAUGAUGAUAGACGAAGCAAAGAAAAACGAUCGAAAAGCUCCAGAAAACGGAGCAGAAGAAGUAGAAGCAGGAGUAAAGAAAGGGGACGAAAAUCUGAGUCAUAUAGUAAGAGCUCUAGAUCAUACAAACGACGAAGUAGAAGCUCUGAGAGAAGAUCUAGGGAGAGCAGCUAUGACAGCCAUAGGUCGUCCUCACGAAGAUCGAGGAGUUACAGAGAUGGAAGAAGUCGGUCAAGAAGUAGUAGUAGCGAUGAACACCACAGAGUAAAACGGACACAGGAUCCAAAUAAGGAACAAACAAGAGAAAGAAUAAAAGAAGCCCUAAAUGCAGUAGAAAACAAAGAUAAUGACUUACUGAGAUCAAAAGAAAAGAAAAUAAGAAAGGAGACUGUACCCAGCAUGAGUGCCAUUGCCCAGAUUGAAAGUAAUGAAUUUGUACAGCAAAGCUUUACAUCAAGUGCUUCAUMCAAGAGUGAGACUAAAGCAGUGGAUAUGGAUGAUACAUUUGGUACAAGRAUACCUUCUCUGGAUACACAAAACAUAACAACUAAUACUACAGAUGAUGAGGGACUAUUUGCAAGUGCUCUUCUUGAGGAUGAAGAAAUCAAAAUGAAAAGAUGGGUUAAAAAGCUCACAAGUAUGAGAAACAAGAUUUGGGCUGAUUCAUUCAUUUGAACAUUGAAUUACCUUUGCGAUUUAUUGUGCUUUAGUAAAUAUUGCAAUAAAAUUAAUGUUUAUAUCAAACUCAAUUCAUUAUGAAAAUCAUAGAUUUCAUCAGGAGUCACUAGUACGAAAAUUAAAGAAAUCCGAACCAGCCACAA